ACAAACUUGAGCCAUAGAAGGCGUGAGGAGGGAGCUUUCUCAUCCAUCGGCCACAGCAAAUCCUGCUUGCGUCUGCGGAUAGAUCUCACAUAAUAAUUAUUUGUCUACUGCUUAUUAUUAAGCAACUAUUGCUCACGUCAGACAUGCCGUCUAGACCGCCUCCAUCUUUUUCGUCACGACCUGGUCUGAGUUUCGGCCUGUCAGUGUUGAUGGUUCUCUCUUCGUUCUUCUUUGACCCUUCAAUCACACAAGACGGAGACGCAUCACUGCAGCGUCUGUCAAACCCACCAACGUCGCCCCUGACAACCAUAACAUCGGCACCCUCUGGCAAUCGACCAGGGAACGUCGCUCUUCCUGUUCCGAGAGAAUACGACACCCAUCGCUUGUAUAAAGUGACGGAAGGACUGAAGAUACAGAUCACGUGUCGUGUCCCCUGGGCCAAGGCCAGUCUGGCCAGGGGUCAAGGUCAAGGGCAGCUAUCCACUCUGACCCUGUGGAAGUUAUCCACGGUUCGCCUUCGCCAGCACACACAGAAGAGACGAGGCGGGCACGAGGCGGGUGGUGACGUGAGCGGUGUUGAUGGUCAUGUUUUGGCGCGAUUUUCUUCGACGUCGUUACCCGGGAACUGGACAGUCAGGGAACCCGUUCACUGGGUAGUGGCCGUGCGGAAAGACCCCCCUAAGGUUUCACUGACCAAACCAGUGGCCAAGUGCUCGGACAGCGCCCAGUACCUGUGUAUGGCCAUCUACUCGUUGACCGCUGGCGGAGUGAUCAAGCAGCAACAGUUGACGAAGGUCAAGGUGAUAGCCCGUCUGAUGCGUCCCAAACUCACACACCUUCAGUCCAUGGACAAGAGAAGUCUGACUCUCACAGAGACCUUCACAUGUCAAAUCAUAGGUCCCGAGUCCAUCACGUGGUCGUGGCGUAAAGACUGCCUGCAGAUGGGACGUGUCUUCCACAGGCACUACAGCGCACAUUCUGAUAACGUUACCGUCGACACGCACGAGAAGAUGGCUGCGGGGGUGAAAGCAGACUGUUCGAGGUUCGAGUCUGCUAGCACACUGAAUACAGGCCGUGUCGUUUUGGGCCAGGUGUGUAACGUGACGUGUAUCGUGACGGCGUUGCCGGUGCCCAAUGACACCUCACGGAUGACACAGAGGACACGAACGUGGAUUGGGCUUACUCAAAUGAGACGCAAACUAAAGUUUUUCGAGUACCAGAGACAGCGGGAACGACAGUGCAGGAAACUCGGAGUGGAACUGGCGCACCGGUUAUUGCAGGCCCAGACACUCACAAAAGCGGGUACGACAGCCCAGCCUUUUCCAUCGACCCUCGGCCCUCGCGUGGUCAUUGGGAGUAGGAGGCAGGCUGCCCUGUACGGCUCCACCAAACGGCCUUACCCUAGCUCUGCACCUCCAGGCGCGGCGGCUGUGAAACCGGUUCCAAACAGUUCCAGAAACCAGCCGCUGGCACCCGCAAGUAACGCCGUUCAGACCUGGAACUGGUUAUCCGGAAAGUCUGUUGUGGACGGUUUCAAAAAUAUAUCCGGGUCCGGUCAACCGUGGGGGUUCGGAAAGUUUUACCGUUUGGACGCGUCGAUGUUUACGUCAGCCGAUGACAAUUUGAUUGACCAGAAUAACGGAGGCAGCUUUGUCGCAGCCUCGCCUCGGAAAGAGGAAAGAAUCGUGGGAAACCGAAUCGGAGUAGCUUACCCAAAUAUUUGGGAACCGGAGGAUUCGGGGGUGUCAGAGAAACACCAGGAAGGCGGUUACUCUGGGAUUGCGACGUCUUUGCCUAUUCACAGCCCGCAGUGGAAUCGACAACAGCAGCUGAAACAGCAACAGCAGCAGCAGAAGCAGCAACAGAAGCAAAAACAACAACAUCAGCGGCAGAGUCCCCGGAACGAGAAGAACGUUCCCCCUAGCUAUAAACCUCAUGUCCACAGCUUCGAAAACUAAUCUCAAAAUCAAGAAGAAAGGAAAAGAUCUGGCCCAGCUCGCUAGAAGUGGGCGGGGCCAGAGGGGCGGAGGUCAGCGACAAGUCAACGAGCUGCCCAGCGCUACUCUCAAACCCAGCCUCAGGGACAUUGCAUCUGCCGAGAAAGAACACAAACUGUAGAAAUGAAUUCGUGAAAAUCAGGGUUUUAUUAAAUUUUAUAUAUAUUAA